AUGCCUCGCAAGGUCAUUCAUUCAUCCCGUCGCAGUGACCGUGAGCCGCCGGAGCGCAAGUGUGGCACGUGUGACGUCAUGCCCCGUCAUCCGCAGCGGAGAGGCGUCUCAGGACUGGCCAAGAGCUCCAACGAAGAGACAGCGUCGUGUCACUCGAGACCUGGGAGCCCGAUCCGAGCCGGAACUCGCAACAACGGGCCCUGCCGGCGGGCCGGUGCUCUGGGCGGGGGGAAUCCGAGCAGUGAGAACUACACCAGCAACCCGAUCGCUCUCGUCAAGGAAGACCCAGCCCAAGUUGCCUCUGCUCUGCUCACAAUCCACCACCUGUAUAUGCGUCUCUUCCUGGCACGGGUCGAUCACUGGUGUCGACCGCCGCUGGAGUACUCGCUCUCCCUGGAGAUCUGGAAGAACACGAGCAUCCCCUUGUUGCCGGACGGCAGCUAUAGCAAGUGCAACAUGUACCAUCCAACCGCGCACACCGCCAACGGCAGUAAGGUCGUGGUGUCCUGCAAUGAGUGGGAGUACGACCUGUCUCUGUUGUGCCGUUCUCGGGCCAGAUCUCUGACCGCAUCGGCCGGAAGCCUGUCAUCUGCACCUGCAUUCAUCGUCGCGGUUGUGUCGGCCGGCGCCUCUGUUGUGUCGAAGUCGUUCCUCGCGUUCGUCGUGUCUUGCAUGCUCCUUGCGGCUUCACUGAGCAUAGUCAGGCUGCUUAUCAUCAUCGUGCUCUUCGAGAACUCGGGAGAGGGCUACCGGGACUUCUACGUCUGCCUCGCCAAAUUCGGCUCCAUAUACGGCAUCGUCAUCGUAGCGGUCACGGACUACUACGCCACACAGCGGAUCGUGCUCAACCUCACUGUUUUCGUGAUCGCCGUGUUGCUGACGUCAGUGUACUGCUUCGUCGACGAGUCCGUGACCUGGCUGCUGGCGUAUCGCGACUACGACCGCGCGAACACGUCAUCUACCAGGCUUCGGUGCGCAACCGGCGGCCGUACGCCGGUCACCGCAUCUUCGGCAGCAACUCGACCGGCUACGGCCCACCAGCCAGCUCGACAUAAACUCGCCACGUUCGUGGCCACUCACGAGCUCCGGUGCCGCACGGCCAUCUUGUCAUGGAUCCUGCUGUGCCUCUUCCUCGUCCAGUACGGCAUGUUAGCCACCGGCGAGAAGGUCGACACACUACGGGGCAAUGUCGCCCUGGUGCUCAUCAGGUGCUGCUCUUUCCCUCUGGCGUGGAAGUUGCUACGGGACUUCCCCCGCAAGAGCGCCCUGAGCAUGGCGUUGCCGAUGACCUGCUGUCUCCUCUGCCUCCUGUCCGUGUCCAAGUUCAAGGGGGCCGCCAGUGUCACCUGGAUCCUGGAGGAGGUCGUGAUCGCUUCGAUCGUGGGCGAAGCCAUCGUCGUCUACGUCUUCACGCUCGAGCUGUUCCCGACGGUGAUUCGCGGCAUGGGCACUUCCAUCGUCUACUUCUUCGGGCAGUGUGCGGUGAUGCUGGCCCCUAUAUCGUAA